CGUCACGUGAUCAUACUAGUUUAAAUUCUCUGAGCCGUUUGUGAUAAUUUGUAAAGUUUAAUACAUGCAAAGAACAUGCCGUGGAUAAUAUUUAAACUCCUAAUGCUCUUUUUAGAUAUUACACAUGGAGGGCCGACAAAGAUCAUCAAUGGCGGCGACGCUGUGCCAGGCGCCCAUCCCCACCAGGUGUCGCUGCAGUGGAACCAGCGUCCGUCGCUUGGACUUCCAGGUGCGGCCUGGUACCACAUCUGCGGAGGCUCCGCCAUUGACGUAAACGUCGUCCUGACGGCAGCACAUUGCGUAGACUUCGGCAAAGCAAGCGAGUUCCGGGUAGUAGUCGGGGAUCACCGCCUGUACGAGUACGACGGUACAGAGUACCCGUUGCAGGUGUCUAGAAUAUACCUCCACGAGGACUGGAUACCGGGUUUGGACUACAACAACAACGUGUACCCUAACGACAUCGCAGUGCUCACCCUGACGAUGAGCUUUGUCAACACCAAUAUCAUCAUUCCUCUUGAUGACGACACUGAUGCAAACGCCGACUCCGACCGCACCGGACAGAACUGUAUUAUCAGCGGCUGGGGGCUGAACGAUACCAACAGCGACAUCGUGAACACGCUGCAGGACCGGAAUAUGACGGUGCUCAGCCAGACGGAGUGUGAGCAGUACUGGGGAGAAGGCGGCUAUAUCUUCCGGGGGCAUAUCUGCGUGUUCGACGGACCCGACGGAACCACCGGAGGAUCGGCUUGUAAUGGUGACAGCGGGGGGCCGCUCGUGUGCCAGGGAAAGCUGGCGGGCGUAACUUCCUGGGGGCGGGAAGGGUGCCGAAUGCCCAAUACAGGGGACUUCAUGCCCAGCGUGUACGCGCGUGUCAGCCACUACCGCGCCUGGAUCGAAAUGACUCUCGGUAGACUCAGUGGGUCCACUGGCAGGGGGUAGACGUGAGCGAAAUAUUUCAAGUUAAAACGUCACCGUUGGAAACGAAUAUCAUAGAAUAAAUAAAGCCAUAUCAAAUCGUUAUAUGUAUCCUGUAUUGGCGAAAUAUUAAAUAGAAAAAGUGCGGACAUCGAUAUGCAUGACUGACAAUAUGUUGACGAUGUUUCGUUGACUGUUUGUAUUUGUUUGAACUGUUAAGUCGACAUUGCUGUAAUACUGAGUUUUAGCGGAAGUUGCAACAUGACAUUCUUGCAGUAGUGUACAUUGUCUCCAGAUUUAAUGAAUACAUACAUGUUUGUCACAUCUUGAAAUGUAAUUUAUUAUGAUAAUUUAUAUCAUAUUAAUGAUAGUUAUA